CGAUGCCAUGAACGGUAAGAACGUUUGGGAAGUUAUUGAAGCUGGAAAGAAACAAAUGGGAUCAAUGGCUGUUGCAGCCGCUGCCCCAGCUGCCACUACUGCACAAACUGAAACUAAAGCUGAAGAAAAGAAAGAAGAGAAAAAAGAAGAAGAAGAAGAGGAAGACUUCGGUGGAUUUGGUGAUCUUUUCUAAACAAAGAGUUUAAGUUGUUAAAGUAUUUUUAUGUUCUCUUUUUUGAUGAGACUAACCUUGUAAACUACUAUUAUUUGUAUGAAUAAAAAAGGGUAUUUAAUAACCAAAAUAUUUUAAUAGUCAUGAGAUGAAUUACUUAUAACCACAAAAAUUGUUUUUUCUUUUCUUUAAGAAAGUCACUACCAUUAUAUUCCCAAAACAAGUACAAUAUUUGUUUAAACAUAUUGUUAGCUAUUCCCAUCAACCAAUUCUUUUCUUUUUAAAGAAAUUAAUUCAUGGCUAGAUAAAUAAUGGCUAAUACAUUCAUAACACAAUACUUAGUUAGUUUAAAUGUUUACAAUAAAUACUAUGACCAAACAAAACUAUAUACUUUUAACUAUAAUACAAUAUGAAUAUAAAUGUUUCAAUAAUCUCUUUUAAUAAUUAAAUAGAGUCUUUCUAAUUAAAGUUAAUUAAUUAAUUUAUUAGCUUGGUUUUUUUAUAUAAUUUUAUUAUUUAAUUGUGUAAAUUUU